AUGGUUCUGGCGUGUCUUUAUGUUGAUGACAUAUUGCUAACAGAGAGAUGUGAACAUGAAAUAACUAAGUUUAAGAAGGUGCUGAUGAAUGAGUUUGAGAUAACUGAUAUAGGAAAUAUGACAUAUUUCCUAGGGAUGAAGUUUAUGUACUCUGAGAAGGAUAUCAUUUUGCAUCAACUGAAAUAUGAACUUGUUCUUCUGAAGAGAUUCAAGUUGCUGAAUUGUAAGGCUGAUGUCACACCGUCAGAAACAAAUCAAAAAUUGGAUUCUAAUUUUGAAGGUGAUGAUGUAUAUGCUACAACCUUCAAGCAGUUGGUUGAAUUUCUGAGGUAUUUGUGUAAUACUAGACCUGAUAUUUGCUAUGCAGUUGGAACGGUGUUAUGGCUGCAUGUCAAGCUGUUUGAAUUCUGA